AUGGGUUGGGAGCCAGACGAGAAGACACUAACUCCUACGAGUAGGAAUCAUGGAUUUUGUGAAGCGGCAAAAGAGACGGCCCACUGCGUGACCUUGGCUCAACUGUCCAUUUCCUGUGACCACCUCAUUGACAAGGACAUCGGCUCCAAGUCUGACCCACUCUGCGUCCUUUUACAGGAUGUGGGAGGGGGCAGCUGGGCUGAGCUUGGCCGAACUGAGCGUGUACGGAACUGCUCGAGCCCCGAGUUCUCCAAGACUCUGCAGCUUGAGUACCACUUUGAAACAGUCCAGAAGCUCCGAUUUGGCAUUUAUGACAUAGACAACAAGACACCUGAGCUGGGGGAUGAUGACUUCCUAGGAGGGGCUGAGUGUUCCCCAGGACAGAUUGUGUCCAGCCAGAUAAUAACUCUACUCUUGAGGCUGAAGCCUGGAAAACCUGCUGGGCGGGGGACCAUCACGGUAUCUGUUCAAGAGAUGAAGGAUACUCAUACACUGACCAUGGAGGUGGAGGCCAGAAACCUAGAUAAGAAGGACUUCCUGGGGAAAUCGGACCCGUUCUUGGAGUUCUUCCGUCACGGUGAUGGGAAAUGGCACCUGGCAUACAGAUCUGAGGUAAUCAAGAACAACUUGAACCCUACAUGGAAGCGCUUCUCUGUUCCCCUUCAGCAUUUCUGUGGGGGAGACCCCAGCACACCCAUCCAGGUGCGAUGCUCAGAUUAUGACAGUGAUGGUUCACAUGAUCUCCUUGGUACCUUCUACACCAGCUUGGCCCAGCUGCAAGCAGUUCCGGCUGAGUUUGAAUGUAUCCACCUUGAGAAACAGCAGAAAAAGAAAAGCUACAAGAACUCUGGGACUGUUUGUGUCAAGAUUUGCCAGGUAGAAACGCAGUAUUCAUUCCUGGACUAUCUGAUGGGAGGCUGUCAAAUGAACUUCACUGUGGGCAUUGACUUCACGGGCUCCAAUGGAGAUCCUUCCUCCCCGGAAUCCCUGCACUACCUGAGCCCAACAGGGGUCAACGAGUACCUGACAGCACUGUGGAGUGUGGGCAGUGUGAUUCAGGACUAUGACUCGGACAAGCUAUUCCCAGCAUUUGGAUUUGGGGCCCAGGUACCCCCCGAUUGGCAGGUCUCCCAUGAAUUUGCCUUGAACUUCAACCCCAGUAACCCCUACUGCCCAGGCAUCCAGGGCAUUGUGGAUGCUUACCGCCAAGCCCUGCCCCAAGUUCGCCUCUAUGGCCCCACCAACUUUGCAUCCAUCAUCAACCAUGUGGCCAGGUUGGCAACCCAGGCUGCACAUCAGAGGACUGCCUCGCAAUACUUGGUGCUGUUGCUGCUGACUGACGGCGCUGUGACAGAUGUGGAGGCUACACGUGAGGCUGUGGUGCGUGCCUCUUACCCGCCCAUGUCAGUGAUCAUCGUGGGUGUGGGUGGUGCUGACUUCGAGGCCACGGAGCAGCUGGAUGCUGAUGGUGGACCCCUGCGUGCACGCUCCGGGGAGGCAGCUGCCCGUGACAUAGUGCAGUUUGUGCCCUACCGCCGCUUCCAGAAUGCCCCUUGGGAGACACUGGCACAGACUGUGCUCACAGAAGUACCCACACAACUGGUCUCCUACUUCAAGGCCCAAGGUUGGGCCCCAUUCAAGCCACUUCCACCCCCAGCCAAGAGCCCUGCACAGGCUCCUCAGGCCUAG